AUGAUUGUAAGAACACCGUACAGUAUCCGAAGAGGUUAAGAAGAAGCUGAUCUGCACAUAUUUCUAGUGGGGGAAACGAGUGUGAGAGUGUUUAUGCAAGUUGGGUGAAAACCCCUUGAAUUGCCUGGAAAGGAAAUACACUGUGUUCUGGGGUAUUUUUAACCAGCUAUUUUUGUUUACAGACCUGCUAGUAAGCCACCUUAGCAGAGUGCUUGCGCUCUGUACAGUUGGGCUCAUCUCCAGCAGGCCAUCAUCUCAGGCGAUCUUGAGAUGAUUUAUGAUCUGAAUGAGCAGAAGAAGGACAGAAAGGGUGGUGUUCAGUAAGAGCAAUAGAUGGGUCUACUGUCAUUGGGCUAGACAUGCAUGAGAAUUGUUUUCAAAACAGAUUUAAAUGGAAUGUUAUGAACAGUAGUGUUUCUUCACUAUUUAUGAAAGGAGAUUUAGGCUGCAUUUCUGAUAACUGUGUGAAAGCAAGGACUCCAUUCGGUGUCUUUAGUUGGUAUUGGUAACAGGUGGAGUGAGAGUCCCAGAUAAAUCCCUCUUCAUUUCGUAACGCAAAUGGGCCUCAUGUUUCCAGGGAUGUGCUCCUCUGAAAAAGGAAGUUCUCGGAUUCUCUGAAGACCCCUUGACUUCCCAGGAAUGCUCCCAAGCAGAGGGCCCUCUGAAGGUGUAUUAAAUGUGCUCUGAACUGAGAGGGGCCCGGACAGGCCUCCUCCACCAACAGGAGUGUGUGUCUGUGUGCUGUUAACCUGCUGCUAGAAUCUUAAAGUGUCUCUUUUCUAGGACUUAAUAAUAGGCCAGUGAGUUAUGAACAAUGCUAGUAGCAUACCUAUCGGCAGGAGUGCAGACAACUAGUCUGAUCUGGUCAGGUCUCAGAACCUACGCAAAGUUUAAUGAGUAAACAUUUACUGUAGGAGAUGUUUGAAAUUUCCAGCCGCAUAAACUUGACUGCCGCUGUACUUCCUUCAUGGCAUGUCAUCACAGGAGCUAAGUGAGGGCAGGUCGGGUCAGUACCGGGCCAGGAGACUUUGUUCGGGGAGACCGUGUUGCUGCUGUCAGUGCUGUUGGUGGACCAGCGGUGCUCUUCCUGCUGGACUACGAAUUUCUAAAUCAAUGAUUUGGUGUUAAGUGAACAAUAUCAGACAACAGAUGUUUCAAAAAAGGGCUUACAAAAAUACAGAAAAAAGCAGAGUGGGUUAAUCCAUAAUGAGAAUAAAUAAUCAUAUCUCCCAAAUUGAAAAGACAUGCCAUCACUCACCCUGUGGGCCAGCAGAGCCACUGCCUGCGCGAGACAGCGAACCAGUUCGCAAGAUCCCGGGAAAGCGACCUGCCCAUCUGCUGCACCUCUCACGCGUGUGUACUUCAUGUUUUAAGAGCUUUCUAUUUUCCAGUGAAUGGAGGAGGAACGUAAGCUGUGUCCAGACACGACCGGCCCAGGUCUUAUUGUGUUAUUGUGCAGGUGAGAACUUUUCGGCCGUUAUGUAAAGAAGACCAAGAAGUGCCAAGCAACUUCCCGCCCUGCCAGCUCCAGCGAGCCAGCCCAGAUCAGAAGGGUCUUUUAUGUGCUGAGCUCCUGACCAGGAAGGGGUUUAAUGUUCACCCAAGAAAGAAGUUUUUUUGUGUUGAGAAAGGGGAUACAGCUGACCUCUGACCUCUGGAGGAUCUGGGUUCACAGUGGGUCAGCCCGCACCCCUCCCGGCUGAUCUGUCCUGGAUAAUUGGUCUCUGACCUGUCGUGCUCAGGACCUGACCUUGCUUCUCAUCAAAGGCGGGGGGUUUGCAGAGAAGGCAUUUUUCUCAGACCCACAGGUCAGAUCAGUCAACCAGCAUUCAAAACAAAGCCAGUUCAAAAAGGCCCUAAGUAGCUCUUUAUUGGGUGUUUUUAAAAGAAAACACUGUGAUGCGUUUGUGUGAGUGGAAUCCUGGGAAUGAUCUGUGUGGAAGAACUCGCUGCCCAGAUCUCCUCCCCUCUGCGCUCUGUACCCGGAGCUGACGGCACCGCCGUUUGCAUUCCUUCAGAGCUGCAUCUAACAACAAUUAGUAAGAAUCUUCAGCAAUUAGUCAGGCAGCAGGCACUUCUCCCCACAGCCUCUCGCAGGGACUCUCUCAGUGCAGAAGAGCUGGCAGCUGAGAGAAGCUCGGAUUAAGAUCCCCACACCAUCUCUCUGGGCAGAACCACUGCGCAGGCUCAGACAUUGCAAGAAACAGAAUUUCCAUCUAUUCUUAAUUUAUUAGGCAGACCCUUUAAUUCAAAACAGCUUCCUUUCUUACCUGGGGGUCGCUUUUCCACAUCACUGCUGGGAGCCAGAACAGCACAGCUCCCCCAGGCAGCUCUGUCCCUGGAUUCGAACCCACAGCCUUCUCCCUAGAAAGCCCAGAGUCUUGCCAUUUUCGUUAUUCUUUAUUCUUGCCUUUUUUCCCCUGGCUGUCACAAAAGAAAAAUUAAAAGUAAAUUGAUCUUAGACAACAAAUGUUGACCCAUAAAUCUUCAUAGGAUGCCCCCUGUGGUGCUCGAGAGCCACAGGGAAUGUUUUGUUCCUUGUGUGUGAUGAAGGGGAGCACUAAGCACGUUUUUCAGGACUUUAAAGCAGAUCUAAUCUACUAGUGUCCUGGAACUGGAGAACCUCUCUUUCUUCAGAACCACAUUGGAUAUCCAUUCAUCGGCUUUUAAAUGAUAAUGCAAUAUUAAACAGCCUCUUCCGUGGCUCAUCGGUUUGUGUUAACAGCCUGAAAAUCAAAAGAUCACGACCUGCCCCCCACCAUCUCAGCUACUGUGCUGUUUGGCUCUGCGCAAUUUAUUUCAGCCCAUUGUGUGACUGUCUCAGCGCAUCUUGCUAUUAAAUGAGCUCUGAUUAGGAUCCAGCUGUGCGACUGAUGUGUUCUGCAGGCACCAAGCUGAGUCAUUGUCUCCCAGACUUCACUAGCACUGUUCUGAGCCCCCUUCUUCCAGAAAACACCCCCAAACAGCCUGGGGCUCGGGGGAAGGAGAAGCAGAAAUACCCUGCCACCGCAUUGCACAGCACAAAGGUCAAGAAUGAAGGGGUCAGAUACCCAAAAUAAAUUCUUUAAAAGGCUCAUUCUGUGACGCAGAAACGGCCUGCAGGAGAGAAGGCAUUUCUCUAAAUCUCUAAGCUUUCACAGGGAAUCCCAGCUCCUCAGUGGCUAAAAUCCUGGGGGAAGCUGGAAAGAGGAGUCACGAAUACCCAUGUAUUCACAUAAAAAUACGGGCCAGAUGUUUAUGUGAACAGUACCGUAAGAGAACCAGCCAACUGCAAACACACACACGCGUUCGAAAUGCAUUGUUACCCCACUCUGACUUUUUCCGAUUGAACUAUUUUCUACAAGACCCUGCAGAACUCACAGGGGUGUGUGUGUUUACUGUAAUUUCCUCUUAAAAGAAAGGGGGGGGGUUCAUUUUUCCACUGGGGGUAAAACGCUUUGAAAAGUUACAGAGCAGUGUUUUCUCGGGGCCUGGGCAGCUGUUUGAAAUGCGCCAAACCUUCUUUCAUGAUUUAACGAGGCGAGGAGGCUGUAAAGAGCUCAUUCACACUCAGUCGUGGCCGCCGCACACACAGAGUGGCCAAAGAGACAGAGGGAACUCAGGCUGGUGUUUUUUAGCAUCUCUUUCUGAGUUUCCAGGGAGGUGGACAGUCCAGCCUGUGUUGUUGGAAUUCCAGCUGGCAGUGCCUGAAAGCCAGGCGGCUCCUGCCUGCGCUGGUCACCACUGUUCCGGUGGGGAUGGCUGUGCCCGGGGGAAAAUGACCCCCAAGGACCCCCACGGCAAGACCCAAGAGCCCGGGACUGCGGGAGGCCUGACCAUGGCUCGGGAAUCUGGAGAUCCAGCUCCUGAAGCUCUUUCCCAGCUCUUCUCCUCUCUGCACCUCUGUCCCUCUUCCCCUGUACCACAGGACAGCAGAAGGAGACGGUUUUUAAUGAGCCAGGUGUCAUGGCUCGGUCGUGAUUCCGGGCAGGGCAGCAGAGCUCUCAUGAGCUGGGUCUCCCUCUCCUCGCUGCCUGGGGAGCCCAGCUCUGAGUGUCCCCGCCAGCGGGACAGCCGUGUCCGACGCCCCAGCAGCACAUGCGCAGGAGGGACCGGCUGCUGUUUCGGACCUCGCGUCCAGUUGAAUUUCUUUGCAGAAGAAAGGGAAUUCCUCGGCCGACAGCCGCAACAGCCGAGGAAGAGGGGGGCUCCUGGAAGAGUGGAUCCCUGCUCCUCGUCCACUCUCCAUAGCCCAGAUGAAAUGUGCAUCAGACGCUACAAGCCUGUUGAAAAGCCCUGCAUUCCCGGGCCGAUCCUUGUGUUGGCCUGUGCUCUGCCUGGCAGUGUGCAUUGCAGGAGGAUCCCUCACUGUCACCAGGGACAGCGAGCCGUCUGGGACAGGUGUGGGGGGGCAGCUCUCCCAGUGCCCAGAUGGGAUCUCUGUCUCUCUGCACGACAACACCCUGCCCACCCACUGCUCCCUGUCUGUGGAGAUCUCUGCUCUAGUCUGGGGACACUUCCAGCACAGAGAUACCGGCCUUUGUCUUUUAUAUAACCCCACAGCCAGAGGCAAAUGGACACAAUGGGGGGUAAACACGUCCCUCAACCAAUGAACUGCUGAAAUGAAAUUUAAAUAGUAUAUGCAAAUGGAAAAGAACUUGGGAGGCCAGCCAGGAGUGUUUUUACACUUCUUAUGGCCAAAAGAAACUAAUGUCUAGAGAUUUGGAAUUGAUUGCAUAAAGUAACAUGUAUUGCCUGCAUGUAUUUUAGAGCUAUAAAAAGAUUUAUU